ACCCACUCUCUCUAUCUCUCUCUCUGAUCCGUGUCCGUGGUGAAGGGAGAGAGUAAAGUCCAUCCGAGAGAUCACAGUCCUGCCGCAGAGGAAGACGGACGAGCUGGACGACACUGUCGGGUGAUAGAGAAAGACAGUGGCGACACUCCCAUUGGACUCCGUUGAACGCUUUUUUGCCGCCUACUUCCGGGCUACUUCCAUUCACGGCGUCGGACAUCAUUCAUUUCUAUUGCUGGCCGUGGAGUAACUUCUGAGAUGAAGUUUUCAGCGUCUGACUCGUCCUGCGUUUCGUCUUGUAUCCGCCACGUAAAUAAGGGACUCCUCAACCUGCUCAUCACUAAAGUGUGUCUGUUCUCUCUGCUGUUCGGAGUGGUCUGGGCGAUCACAGGACAUGAGUGUUUACCUGGAGGAAACCUGUUUGGCAUCGUGGUCCUCUUCAUCUGCUCCGUGCUGGGAGGGAAGCUGGUAGGAAUGAUCCAACUGCCCACGCUGCCCCCCUUCCCUCCUCUACUUGGAAUGCUGCUGGCAGGUCUGCUGCUGCGUAACGUUCCCUACGUAACGGACGCCGUCUACAUCGACACCCAUUGGUCCGCAGCUCUGAGGAACAUCGCGCUGUCAAUCAUCCUGACCAGAGCCGGGCUCGGCCUCGACCCCACGGCGUUGCGUCGUCUGAAGGCGGUGUGUGUGCGUCUUGCAGUCGGUCCCUGUGUGCUGGAGGCCUCUGUCGUUGCUGUGGUUUCUCACUUCCUGUUGGGUCUGCCCUGGAUAUGGUGCUUCAUCCAGGGUUUUGUCCUGGCUGCAGUGUCUCCAGCUGUCGUGGUUCCCUCCAUGUUGCUCCUGCAGAGAGAAGGAUUCGGAGUGGAGAAGGGGAUCCCCACCCUGCUGUUGGCUGCUGGGAGUUUUGAUGCUAUUCUGGCCAUAACGGGGUUCUCUACCUGCCUUGGAGUCGCCUUCUCUACAGGCUCUACGUGGAUGAACAUCCUGAAGGGUCUGCUGGAGGUGGUGGGGGGGGUGGUGGCCGGACUGAUCCUGGGUUUGUUCCUGUGCUGCGUCCCCGGCAACGACCAGGAGGACCUGGUGUUGAGGAGGACUCUCAUGCUGUUGGGUCUGUCCAUAUUCUCGGUGUUCUUCAGUCACGUUAUUGGUUUUUCCGGAGCCGGCAGCCUGUCUACGCUGGUGCUCUCCUUCCUGGCUGCUCUGGGCUGGAAGACCGACAAGGCUCCGGUGGCGGCCAUGGUGGGCCGGUCCUGGGACGUCUUCCAGCCGCUCCUCUUUGGUCUGAUCGGAGCAGAGAUCACCAUAAAGAGCCUCAGCCCCAGCACCGUGGGUCUGGGUCUGGCCUGUAUCAGCAUCGGCCUGGUGAUCCGCCUGCUCGUCACCUUCCUGCUGGUUCACUUCGGAGGAUUCAACCUGAAGGAGAAAUUCUUCAUCUCUGUGGCCUGGCUGCCCAAAGCCACCGUACAGGCUGCGAUCGGCUCCAAGGCGUUGGACUUGGCGAGGGAGGAGGGGGACGAGACUUUAAUUAAGUUUGGUUUGACAGUGCUUACGUUAGCCGUGAUAGCCAUCCUGACCACAGCUCCCAUCGGAGCGCUCGGUAUCGGACUGGCAGGACCGCGCCUACUGGCCCGGCAGGUCGAAGCAGAUGAUGCAGAAGGCGGAGCCACGACUCCAAGCACCAAUGGGAUUGGUCAAGGAAAUGACCCUGGAGAGCAAACUAUGAGGCUGAACCAACCCGGCCACGAAUCAGCAGAUUUUUGAAUGGAGUUUGGUGCACUGUAAUUGGUUCAUAGCGUCAUUUACUGCUGAGUAGUUUAAAUGGUGAUAAAACUGAAACUUUCCAUGCUUCCGAUAUUAAAUCAGCAGAUGUUUGAAUGAAGUUUGGUGCACUGUACUCGGUUCAUAGUGUAUUGUUAUUAUUAUUAUUAUUGUCCACCUGUCCUGCAUAGAGUUCAUCCGCGACGAUUGCUCUCAGAAUCUCCGCUUUAGACAGAUUAUAGUCCACGGAGGAAACUAGCAUCACAUUCACCGCCAUUUUCUUUAGUCUCACAUUGGACCGACAAGUAAUGCUGUCCGACGGAUACAGCAUUCCUAGACAAAAGGUUCCGCUUCUACAGUGGCAGUGGCACCAUGGGUGUAUUAAGAGAACAACACCGCCACCUUGUGGACGAGUUGUCCCUUAAAAAAUAAUACAGAUUACUGAGUGAA